AUGGAAGCGAGAGCUGGCAGCAGUGGUCCUCCUCAGCCAUCUUAUAUUAAUCUAGCUCUGCUGGGGCUGAUCAUCUGCAUCAGCCUGGUGGGAAACCUGCUGGUGUCGCUGCUCGUCCUGCGGGAUCGAACCUUCCACAAGGCACCUUACUACUUCCUGCUGGACCUGUGCCUGGCAGACAGCAUACAUUCGGCCAUCUGCUUUCCCUUUGUACUGGUGUCUAUACGAAAUGGGUCAGCCUGGACCUACAGUGUGCUGAGCUGCAAAGUGGUAGCCUUCAUGGCAGUUCUCUUCUGCUUCCAUGCUGCCUUCAUGCUCUUCUGCAUCGGUGUAACGCGCUACAUGGCCAUUGCACAUCACCGUUUUUACUCAAAACGCAUGACGUUCUGGACGUGCGUAGCAGUGGUGUGCAUGGUGUGGACCUUAUCCGUGGCCAUGGCUUUCCCGCCAGUUUUUGACGUGGGCACCUACAAAUUCAUCCGUGAGGAGGACCAGUGCAUUUUUGAGCAUCGCUACUUCAAGGCUAACGACACGCUAGGCUUCAUGCUAAUGAGAGCCGUGCUCAUUCUAGCUACACAUGUCGUCUACAUGAAGCUGCUCCUCUUCGAGUACAAGCACCGCAAAAUACUGCUAUUGUAA